AUGGGCGACGAGGGGACAACUGAAAGUGGCGGUGAACGAGGGAGCGUGGACGGUGAAAGCGGAAGUGCGGACGGUGAAAGGGGGAGCGCACCUUCCUCCGUUUCAUCGAAAGAUGUUGUCGGCACUCUGGAUGAAAAUCCAGUAUGGACGCGAAUACGUGACAGAGUGACGGGGCCAUCGGAAUCUGAUAAUAUCAAUCUAGCCUGUGAAGAAUCAAUGGGCAUGUCGUCGCCGGAGUGCUCGCCGUCGCCGGAAUGCAGAUUUCCGAGUGCUGACGAAGCAGGGCCUUCCACUGUUAGCAUUGCCAUGGAGGUAGCUGCUGUAGCAGUAGGGCUUCAACAGUUACCGCCGGCUCCACCGCUGCUGUGUCUCACCAGUGCCGAGCAAGACUGGCAGUUACUUCACCGUCGCUUGGCCGUCACUCUGGUUUCUCUGCCAAGACUAUUUCACGGCGUCGCUCUCCGGGACUGCUUCGCACUUUAUCGUGGUUGGAAAGAGGCGUGGGUGACUGGACGUGGUUUGGGAGUGCUGAAACCAAUUGUUUAUAUGUGUUGGCAUCGAAAUUAUAAUUGCUCAGAGCCAGAACCAGCUGAUGUAUGUGCUGAUGCCUCACCCAAUAGCUGUCUACACCAAGCUUUUACGGCAUCAAUGCACAAGCGAAAUGAUGAAGCGCUUGAAAAAUUGCAAGAGGCCAUUGAUAACAACGAGUCGUUCGAUAUCGAUGAUAUCUCACUGGUGGAUAAUGUCUUCUCGUAUAAGUUCAAUAACUCAGCCGAAGUGCAAGAAAAAAUUUGCAUAUGCGAAGAAUGGUUGAAAUUUUUGGUGAAAAUCACUCCAAUUGCAACAUCACGCUGGCUUUCACAUUAUCAGUUCAGCAUUUACUACACUUACCACAUGGUAAAAUUUUAUUAUCAGCCAGUUCAAUUGAGCCUCGUUUUCCGACAUUAUGACAACAAAGAGGAGAAGAAGCGAUUUUACAAUAUCUCUUUGCCUCUUUUCACAAGUUUGCUGCAAGCAACUGCUCUUAUUCCGGAAACAUCGGAGGAGGUUGUGAAUACGAAACUCGAUGUGCUGCUGAGUAUUUCGUUUAUUGCUGUAUUGUUCUACGACGUUAGCGACUCGGAGAUUGAGCGAUAUAUUCAGCGGGAAAUGCGUCUGCUUGGUACUGUUGCAGUGGGGAAUUAUUCUACCGAAGCGUCGACACUGAUGGUGCAGAAAGUUUACCGAAUUGGCAAUAAUUUGGAUGAACGAAAGCGUCUGCUUGGAAUCGCUGAAUAA